AUGAAGGAACACGAAGAUUCUCAAUACUGUUUUCCAGACCAAAACUCUUCUUGCAGAAAGGCUUUGCUAUCGACAUCUAUUUACAUAACACUGUACAUCUUCAUCUCAUUGAUUUCAGCGGUUACAGUAUUUUUGAACGUACUGGUGAUCAUCUCCGUCUCUCACUUCAAGAAGCUCCACACUCCAACCAACCUGCUCAUCCUCUCUUUGGCUGUGGCAGAUCUCCUGGUGGGACUGAUUGUGAUACCAGUAGUGGCUGUAACAGUAAUGGAAUCAUGCUGGUUUUAUGGGAAAUAUUUCUGUGUGAUUUCUCUCUAUAUCAAUUAUUUAUGUCUCUCUUUAUCUCUGGGCAAUUUGAUAUUGAUAUCUAUUGACCGCUAUGUUGCUGUGUGUGAUCCCUUGAUGUACCACUCAAAAAUAACAAUAACAAGAAUAAUUGGUUGUAUAUCAAUUACCUGGUGUUGUUGUAUCACAUACAAUGCUGUUAUUUUAAAUAACUAUGUUAAUAUAAAUGUACCCAGACAGUGUUUGGAAGAAUGUUUUGUUGUUGAAGGAUUUAUCUGGAGGAGCAUCAUUGACCUUCUAUUUUCAAGUGUUAUCCCGUGCUCAGUUAUUAUAACACUUUAUUUGAAAAUAUUUUUGGUUGCCAGAUCACAGGCCAGAAAGGUAUUUUCAAAAGAGGCUGCCACCAAGUCUGGUGUUAAAACUGUACAGGUGAAUAAGACUGAGAGAAAAGCAGCAAAAACUCUAUCUAUUGUAGUUUUCACCUAUCUCACUUGUUGGAUUCCAAUAUUUUUUAUACAGUUUUUUUCCCAGCAAUCAUCAGUUUACUUAAGCUUUCUGCCAUUUGUUAAUUCCUUAAUUAAUCCAAUCAUUUAUGCUUUAUUUUAUCCAUGGUUCAAAGUGACAGCUAAACAUAUUUUAACUCUGAAGUUAAGGCUGUCAUAGUUCCUGCAUUUUUAUUCAAAGUUUGACAAAUAUAGAUGACUUAUGUCAUGUAACAAUACACUGACAUAGAAUUUCAUUCUGAGAUAGGUUCAGUUAACAGUUGUCAUUCUAGAUAAAUGUGGUAUUGAUUCAGAAUGUGAUGUUGAUACAGUUUGAUUGUGAAUGCAGAAUGCAUAAGCUUGUUAUUAAUUGAUUGUAGUUCCAUGUUAUGUAAUGAUAAAUAUUAUCUAAGUACUGUAAAAGUAAAAUGCAAUGAGGUCUUCAUGAAUCCUUUUAUAUGUUGUUUAGCAAGUGUAGUUAAACUACUCCAUAAUAUCAGAUUAUGUCCAGGUCUAACUUAAUGGUGUAUAGUGUAAGAAGUUGAGGGUUAAUGUAAGAAUAUGCAAUUAUGUGUAACACCUCUUAAAGAUUGGUCCCUUUUUUCUCAGUUUUCGCCUAAUAUGACAUACCCAAAUCUAACUGCCUGUAGCUCAUGCCCUGAAGCAAGGAUAUGUAUAUUAUUGGUACCAUUUGAAAGGAAACACUUUGAAGUUUAUGGAAAUGUGAAAGGAAUGUAGUAGAA